UUCAUGGUCCGCAUCUUCCGCGUCGACGGCACCUUCUCGACGCUCCCCGUCCCGCUCGGCGCAAGCGCGUCCGAGAUGACGGCCAUGCUCGCGCGCAAGUUCCAGAUCAACCCCAAGACGAUCUAUGCGCUGUACCUGCGCGAGCGCGGGCUCGAGCGCCGCGUCGGCCCGAACGAGAAGCCCGUCCUCCUCCAGAAGCGCAAGUUCGAGCAGGCGGGCUACACCGACCUCGACAAGCUCGAGGAGCUCGGCCGCGAGGACAACUCGUACCUGUGCAAGCUCACUGACCUGGGCCCUUCCUCCUCGUCCUCUCUCGCCAACUCGCAGGAGGAGGACUUUGCCGGCGAGAGCAUGGAGUUUGUCGACCUAUCGGCCCGAGGCGUCGCGACCAUCCCGAUCUUCCUGUACAAGCACGCGCACGAGAUCCGCAGCCUCAACCUGUCCAAGAACCGGCCGUUCGACCUCCCGACCGACUUUAUCCAGGGCUGCACCGCCCUGCGCGAGCUCGUCCUGAGCAACAUGGGCAUCAAGCGCCUCCCGCAGUCGUUGCGCGAGUGCUCGAGCCUGACUCGGCUCGACAUCUCGAACAACAACAUCGUCGAGCUCGAGCACAUUGCCCUCAACGAGCUCGUCAACCUCGCGUCGCUCAAGUGCCACAACAACCGGCUGGCGACCGUGCCCGACUACUUUCGCGAGUUUCGCGCGCUCAAGUACCUCAACCUGUCCAACAACCGGUUCGACAAGGUGCCGCCCGUCGUGUCCGAGACCGAGCCCCUCGUCGAGCUCGACUUCUCGUUCAACACGGUCACGGUCGUCCCGCCCGAGAUCGGCAAGCUCGAGAACCUCGAGCGCCUCAACCUCCUCGCCAACCUCAUCACGACCCUCCCGCCGACCCUCGGGUCGCUCGUGUCCCUGCGCGAGCUCGACGUCCGCCGCAACGUCAUCUCGGACUUUGCCGCGUUGACGUCGAUCCCGUCGCUCGAGGUGCUGCGCUGCGAGCACAACCAGGCGUCGACCCUGGACGCGUCGUGGGCCAACCUGCGCAUCCUCACGGCCAAGCACAACUCGCUCACGCGGUUCGCCCUCACGGGCACGAGCUCGACCCUCACGUCGCUCAACCUGUCGCACGGCAAGCUGUCGACGCUGUCGCCCGAGAUGUUCAGCCACCUCGGCUCGGUCGAGACGCUCGUCCUCGACAGCAACACGUUGCGCGUCCUGCCCGACGCCAUCGGCGCCCUGUCGAACCUCGUCACCCUGUCGGUCAAGAACAACCUCCUCGCCGCCCUGCCCGACAGCCUCGGCCGGCUGCAGCGCCUCCAGUCGCUCCAGGUGUCGGGCAACGACCUGCAGACGCUCCCGUCGACCCUGUGGCUCUGCGCCCAGCUCGCGUCCCUCAACGCGUCGUCCAACCUCAUCAAGGACUUUCCCGACCCGCCGGCGCAGACGGCGCCGUCGACGCCGGCGCACGCCCUCGACGGGCCGACCGACGACCUCGACCUGCGCAAGCUGUCGGUCGUCACCAAGGCGACGACGUCGACGAGCGGGCGCAUCGCCCCGCCGCUCGCCCUGUCGCUCCAGAAGCUGUACCUCGGCGACAACCAGCUCGGCGACGACAUCUUUGCGCCCGUGUCGCUCAUGACCGAGCUGCGGGUCCUCAACCUGUCGUUCAACGACAUCUACGAGAUCCCGACGUCGAGCCUGUUCAAGUGCCAGAGCCUCGAGGAGCUGUACUUGUCGGGCAACAAGCUCACGAGCCUCCCGCCGGACGACCUCGAGCGCCUCGUGAGCCUCAAGACGAUCUACCUCAACGGCAACAAGCUCCAGACGCUCCCCGCCGAGCUCGGCAAGAUCAAGAAGCUGUACGCGCUCGACGUCGGGUCCAACGUGCUCAAGUACAACAUCGCCAAUUGGCCCUACGACUGGAACUGGAACUGGAACCUCGAGCUGCGGUACCUCAACCUGUCGGGCAACAAGCGCCUCGAGAUCAAGCCGGGCCACCAGAACGACACGUCCAACCUGCCGCGCAACGCCAAGCGCCGCAACCUCGCCGACUUUAGCGCCCUCACGCGGCUGCACGUCCUCGGCCUCAUGGACGUGACGCUCAUGAUCCCGUCGGUCCCGGACGAGAACGAGGACCGGCGCGUGCGCACGUCGCUGAGCGAGAUCAACGACAUGGGCUACGGCAUCGCCGACACGCUCGGGCAGCGGUUCGACACGCUGUCGCUUGUCGACAUCGUCAUCCCGCGGUUCCGGUCCAAGGACGACGAGGCCAUCUUUGGCCUGUUCGACGCCGUCAACAAGGGCCAGAACACGGGCGCCAAGCUCGUCAAGUACCUCCAGGACACGUUCUCGGCCGUCUUCACGCUCGAGCUGUCGCGCCUCAAGAGCGGCGAGGUGACGAGCGACGCCCUGCGCCGCGCCUUCCUCAACAUCAACCGCGACUUUGGCAACCUCCUCCUGCCGUCGCUCGAGUCGCGCCGCAAGGGCUCCGAGAUCAGCAUCUCGGACCGCUCGGCGUCGUCGGUCAAGGCCGGCGCGGCCGGCAUCAUCGUCUACAUCCGCCGCAAGCGCCUGUACGUCGCCAACGCCGGCAACGCGCUCGCCGUCAUCGCCGGGCGAGGCGGCACGGCGCGCCUCAUCGCGCAGCGGCACGAGCCGUUCGAUGCCGGCGAGAUCGCCCGCAUCCGCACGGCCGAGGGCUGGAUCUCGACGCGCGGGUACGUCAACGACGAGGUCGACAUCGCGAGGUCGUUCGGCUUCUUCAACGUGCACCCGGCCAUCAACGCGGCGCCGGCCGUCGACGAGAUCGAGCUCACCGAGACGGACGAGUUCGUCAUCAUCGCCAACCGCGGCCUGUGGGACCACAUGUCGUACCAGGCGGCCGUCGACGUCGCGCGCACCGAGCGAGGCGACCCGAUGGCGGCUGCGGCCAAGCUGCGCGACCUGGCCAUCUCGUACGGCUCGUCGAGCAACGUCAUGGUCAUGGUGCUCGCCGUCGGCGACCUGUUCAAGGCCAAGAAGGGCGGCCUGUACGCCAAGCACCGCGCCGCGCACGCGGCCGGCGAGCGGUACCUGAACCUGCUCGACCGCGAGGUCGCACCGCCGGUCGGCAUGGUCGCGCUCGUCUUUACCGACAUCCGCAACUCGACCGCGCUGUGGGAGUCGAACCCGGGCAUGCAGACGGCGAUCCGCAUGCACAACCAGCUCCUGCGCCGCCAGCUGCGCGCCAUCGGCGGCUACGAGGUCAAGACCGAGGGCGACGCGUUCAUGGUCUCGUUCCCGACCGUCACGUCGGCGCUCCUGUGGUGUCUCACGGUCCAGCUCGAGCUCCUGCGCGAGGACUGGCCGCAGGAGAUCCUCGACUCGGAGGAGGGCCGCGAGAUCCUCGACUCGCGCGGCGAGACCCUGUACCGCGGCCUGUCGGUCCGCAUGGGCAUCCACUGGGGUGCGCCCGUGUGCGAGGCCGACCCGAUCACGCGGCGCAUGGACUACUUUGGCCCCAUCGUCAACCGCGCCGCGAGGAUCAGCGCCGUCGCCGAGGGCGGCCAGAUCUCGGCGAGCCAGGACGUCGUCGAGAUCAUCCAGGACGUCGUCAUGCAGCAGAAGCCCGGGCCCUCGAGCCUCGACUCGGACGACGGCGAGGACGACGACGAGAACGAGGACGAGUACCUCGACCCGCGCGACAAGCAGGACAUUGCCGCCCUCAAGCGCCUCGGGUUCGGCAUCACCGAGCUCGGCGAGCGCAAGCUCAAGGGUCUCGAGUCGGCCGAGCUCAUCUCGCUCCU